AUGGCUGCUCCGCCAGAAGCAGCUGCCCAGGCUGCAGAUCUAAAACAUCCUGGACUUGGAGGUGAGAAUCUGAUUGCCACAGAAACGACAAGAAAGGAGCGGAAUGACGAGCUGCCCUGUCUUAGUAAUUUUGCUCCGUGGAAAGUAGUACAGCAGAGGUGUCUGAGUCUGCAAGAGAGAAAGGUGAAGACGAUUCGCGCACAAAAGGUGGAAGAAGAAAAGGUAAAGAAAAGCGAACCCUGUGACUGGCUGACCAAAGAGUGGUUCAGUGUAGAGAAAGAGUCACUAGAUACUCGCAUCUAUUUGCUUGAAAAACUCCUACCUACAUUAAUCCCAGGAGUGGAAAAACUCUUAAUGGAAGUGGAAAGAAAGAAUGUGCUUGCACCAGACAAAGAACCAACCAAAUUUAACCCCAUUACUUUUCUUGGAGAAUAUCUGGUGAGACACAACCCUCAGUACAGUAUUUCUACAAAACCAGGCCCGUACCUGAGAGGAAUGAAAGCGGCCACGGAGGAGCUAAAAACUGAGAUACCAGGCACUACAUCAGAGAGGCUGGCCAGGAUGAAGGUUGAGGCGGAGAACAAAUGUAAGGACAGGGAGCAGGUGGAGAAUAUCACGGCUCAGGUGAAGGAGAUGAGAAAGGAGGCGCUGGCGAUUCAGUUCAAAGAGUGGACAGUGGACGACAGUGGCAGAAUACCACUUGCGCAGGUUCAGAGUGCCCUGAGCUCGUUUCUGGAUGUCAUUGCAUUUGCUCCCAUAGAUGUGACACAGGCAAUCUACAACACGAAGCUGGAAGACAUAGACACAUUGGAAAAAAAAGUAAACAUAGAUGAAUUUACAGAGUAUGUCCAUUCCUACACUGAACAGUUUUCAGACGACAUGUUCCAAGAAAUCCUGAAGCAUCUCUGUCAGUGCGCCGGCGACUUCCGAGAAGCAGUAAGACGUGAUAUGUGGAGGCAGAUGUUUAUCGGUCUCUUCCUAGACUGUGAUUAUGGGAAGGUUGGUCUCUUAGACAGACAAAAAAUACUGGCCCUACUGACAGACUUCUACGACAGAAGCGCUGUGUCUGCCAAAGGGGGGUUCUGUAACCCAAGACACUGGCCAAUAACUGAGCUGCAAGAGAUUGAGCUUGUGGAUUUAUGGGGAGGCCUUGAUGACCAGGAAGUUUGUGAGGAACUCAGUGAAAAACUAGUCUUGUCUCAAACAGGAAUUUCUGAGGAAGAGAUUUUAGCAUGUGAACCUGUAGGUGACAGUAGACGAGGCACAUCCAGAAUGAGAACUAAUGUCAGAGAAGGUCUUUUUGAACAAAUGGGCAUGAGUGAAGCUGAGACUGGAGAAAUUUCUACGGCAGAAAAUCAAGCAGCAGAAUCAAGUGAUGCUGAGUUGAGAAAGAAAGGUGAGGGUGCUGUGUCAGUGGUGCAAAGCACUGAUUUUGAAGCUAGUGAUUUGGAUAGAGAUACCAUACAUAAUGAGAAAUCCAGUUUUCAUGAGGAUAUCAAAACUGAGUCUGCAAGUGCAGACAGACCAGAGGAAGCUUGCCCAGGAUCAGCCUCUACUGGGUAUGGUCUCAGUGGAGUUGGAGAGCCUGGGUCUGAGAAGCAGGUGGAGGAAGAGGAAUGUAGUCUGGGUAGAGAGCCUGAUACAGAAACGAAAGGGGAAAAAGAUUAUUGUAUCUCAGACAGAGAGCCUGGCUCAGAAAGGCAAGUUAGUCAAGAAGAGGACAACACAAUUUUAGGAUCGACACCUGAAGCUACAACCAUGACCUCAGAAGACAGAGCUGUGGCAGACAUGGACAGCAGUGCUUCAGAACAGGGUGCUCCAGUUGCAGAAGUUGUGAAUGAAACCCUUGCAAGAAAAGACAGUUUUUCUAGCGAGCAUGGCAGCCAGUCUGGCCAACGGACAAGCUCAGAAACAAGAGUGCAGGAUGAGGACCUUCUGCAAGACCAGGGUGAAGGCUUAGGUGCCAUCAUGGCAGAGAUUCGGAACCGCUGGGCUUCUCAUACUAGGAGUGCCUUUGAUGAAAGCUGCCUCAACCUGCCACAGUUUUUACAGCUCAUGGAGACAUUUGUUGGUGAGGAUAUUUCUCUGCCUGCUGUGAAGAGGCUUAUUGCAUUUGUCAAAGAAGAAUACAAACAGACAGAACAGGAAAAAACUGAACAACUAGAAAAAGUUCUCCACGUUUCUCGCUUGGCACGACGGAAACUGCUUCUGGAGGCACUUUUUCAAAAGUGGGACAACAAUGCAUCUGGGUUUCUGGACCUGGAAGAGGUGGAUGCUAUUCUAAGCACAUUCAAGGAAGGGAUGGAAAAAGAAGCCUUGAGGAAGGCAAAAGAACACCUGUGCUCCCGUUACCCACAGCUCAGCAGAACGGGAAAGCUGUCCCCAAAGGCAUUGCAGGCUUUCCUUGAAUUAGUUGCUUCUGAGUUCGGUGGCAAUGAGGAUGAAGCCAUUGAUAACUUGGUGGAAUUUCUGACCACAAGUGUGGAACGAAGUCACGUGGAGUCCCUGCAGAGCUUAGCCAGGAGGAAAUGGCUGCACAACAUCCAGCAAGCAGCAGAGACCAGCGGAGUAAGCAUGGAUCCGGUUUACAAAGCAGUGUUUAUGGCCCUUUCCCAGGAUGCAGAAGUCCAUGGGGAUAAGAAGAAGAUCAGUGCGUAUAUUGCCCUUUUGGAAAAGAACCAUCUCUCACCAGAGCGGGGACAGACUCUCCUACGCUAUGCGGCAUGUACCGCAGAGGAUGCUCCCUAUGUUCUAAACCAGAUACUUUAUAGAGACAUGGAAGGCAUAAGCUUUGCAGCUGUUGAAGAGGGAAAGCCAAUCCAUGUUCCAAGAGUUCAGCUCCACGGAAACAUCCACUUCUGGAACUACAACCGCCCAGUGGAAGAAAGAAAAGGUUCACUCCUGGUACUGCCAUUGCAGGAUGCUCGCUGGAGAGUCUUUGGCAUUCUAGGACUCGACACUCUUCGGGACCAGUGUGAGAAAACCAUCUUUCUGACCCAUGAGAUCAGCUUCUACCAGGGAGUUGCUCAUGCAUUCAGCAAAGCCUACCACCAUGUCUGCAUGCUGGAAAAUGUUCUACAAAUGACGGUUACUGCUUUGGACUGGUUGUAUCCCAGGGCACCCAGCAUCCACGCUGUAGUUAUGUACCUGGUGGAGCCCAGCAAAGACAAGACAUGGGACUACGCUCUGCGCAAGAUGAUUACUCUAGAUAACACAGGACAAAAAGAAAUUCAAAGCUCUCCUGUUCUUCUCAGAAAAGAAAACCUCUUAAGAGAUUACCUGUUUAGGUGCGUAGACAGUUCAGAGGUCAUUCACCCUUCUGUCCGCGGACAGCACCACAUCGCCGUACCUCUCCGUGACCUAUCAGGACAAGCUUUUGGAGUAUUUGACAUCAGCAUCGGACACCACCAGAAAUUACCACCUCCUGAACACAGUGACCUGCAGAAAAUGCUAAAGAUGGCCCAAGCUGCCUGCUCGGAGAUACUGAAGAUGUCUUUAGAGGAAACAGAACCAACUUAUGUGUUGGAAGCCGAACACAUGGCACAUUCGAGGCAUGCAGCCAUUCUGUUCCACCGGUUAAUGCUGCAGGACCUGCGUGAGUGUGUCUGGAAACUGGGUGCUGAGAGCUUUGCUGAAAUAAAGAGCUAUGCAGAACCUCCAGCUCUGGUACACAACACAGUUAAGGCUGUGCUGUUGCUUCUCCAUCCAGACUGGAAGGGCUCAGAGAAGACUGAGAACUGGAGUCAGUGUAAACUGAAACUUGAUGACAAUUUGAUUCAGGAGAUUUAUUGCUUUGAUCCAACUGCUGCAUCUGUGCAAGUUCAAGCGGAGCUGCUGCUGGACUGCAUCACUGGUGUUCCCAGCCCGGAGGAGCGGCAGCACAGCAGCACCUCAGCCCAGCUCCUGCACCUCUGGGUCUGCACCUGCCUGUCGCUGGCAGAGAUCAGCCGGAGCCUACGCAGGGAAAAAACCCAUCGUGAGCCCCUUUCGGCAUCCAGCAUGGGCAUGCCGCUGAUUAAAUCCCUGAAUUCCCCAUCUAACCUUAAUGCUCCUGGCAUUUGA